GAGAGGAUUAAAUAAAUAAAAAAAAAAAAAGCAAAAUUGGAGUGAGAUGAUUAGAUUUGAUUUUGAUUAUGUACAAACUUUAUCCAAAUUAUAUUCGUGAAUCGUGAUCAAGUACCAAUGCAUAUCCUAACUACGUAGUAUAUGGAUUUUAUCCAAAUCAGUUUACGAAUUUGUUGAUCGUACUUGUUCUUAUCCUCUUAAUUGAAAUCAUAUUUAUAGAAAUUAAACAUAGAAAUAUUAUUCUCCCAUUCAAAUUGAUUUUUCCAUUAAAUAGAGCUUCAACGAGAUCAAUUGGUUCUUCAAUGGCGGACUUUUCUCUUCCUCAAGACUCUUUCUUUCUGGGGUUUGACAGUUCUACUCAGUCUUUAAAAGCUACAGUAUUGGAUUCCAACUUUAAUACUGUUGCGGCUGAGCUUGUUCAUUUUGAUUCUGAAUUGCCUCAUUAUAAAACUAAGGAUGGAGUUUACCGUGAUCCUUCCGUAUAUGGCCGGAUUGUUUCGCCUACAUUAUUGUGGGUUGAAGCUCUUGAUAUAAUGCUUGACAAAUUGUUUAAAAAGAUUGAUUUUGGAAAGGUUGCUGCUGUGUCUGGAAGUGGGCAGCAGCAUGGUAGUGUGUAUUGGAAGAAUGGGAGUUUGUCGAUAUUGUCGUCUUUGGAUCCUAAGAAACAGUUGGUAGAACAAUUUGCAGAAGUUUUCUCCAUUAAGGAAUCGCCGAUAUGGAUGGAUAGUAGUACCACUGAACAAUGCAGGAAGAUUGAGGAGGCUGUAGGUGGGGCACAGGAAUUAUCAUCUCUCACAGGGUCUCGUGCCUAUGAAAGAUUUACUGGCCCUCAGAUUCGGAGGAUAUAUGAGACACAACCCGAAGUCUACAAUCAAACUGAAAGGAUAUCACUUGUGAGCUCGUUUAUGGCCUCGCUUCUUAUAGGAGGCUAUGCUAGCAUUGAUGAAACAGAUGGUGCUGGAAUGAAUUUAUUGGAUAUCAAGCAAAGAACAUGGUCUAAAAAGGCUUUAGAUGCUACUGCACCUUCAUUGGAGGAAAAGCUUGGAAAACCUGCUCCUGCAUACGCUGUUGCUGGUUUUAUUGCUUCAUAUUUUGUGGAGAGGUAUAAGUUCAGCAACAAUUGCUUGGUUAUUCAGUGGUCUGGAGAUAAUCCAAACAGCCUUGCAGGAUUGACGCUCAACACUCCUGGUGAUCUUGCGAUCAGUCUUGGGACAAGUGACACUGUAUUUGGGAUAACCGAUGAGCCACAACCUCGUUUAGAAGGUCAUGUUUUCCCAAAUCCUGUGGAUACAAAAGGUUUUAUGGUAAUGCUCUGCUACAAGAAUGGAUCACUUACUCGUGAAGAUAUCCGUAAUCAGUACGCAGAGAAGUCGUGGGAUGUUUUCAACAGAUUUAUGCAGCAAACACCUCCACUCAAUGAUGGAAAGCUAGGUUUCUACUACAAGGAGCAUGAAAUUCUUCCUCCCUUACCAGUUGGUUACCACCGGUAUAUCCUCAAAAAUUUCACUGGCGAUACUGUUGAUGAUAUGGUUGAACAUGAAGUAAAUGAGUUUGAUGCCCCUUCUGAGGUUCGAGCUCUGGUUGAGGGCCAGUUUCUCUCUAUGCGAGCUCAUGUUGAAAGAUUUGGCAUGCCUUUCCCUCCUAGACGGUUGAUAGCUACUGGUGGGGCAUCAGCCAAUGAUUGCAUUCUUGGCUCCUUAGCUUCUAUAUUUGGCUGUGGUAUUUACACUGUUGAAAGGCCAGAUUCAGCAUCAUUAGGCGCUGCACUCAGGGCUGCGCAUGGUUGGCUGUGCAAUGCAAAAGGUGGUUUUGUUCCAUUUGAAUCCAUGUACAAAGACAAGUUGGAAAAGACAUCAUUAAACUCCAAGCUCUCUGUCGAGGCUGGAGAUUCCACUUUGGUAUCGAAGUAUGCGAUUGUGAUGAAGAAGAGGAUGGAGAUAGAGAACCGCCUGGUUGAAAAGCUGGGUCGCUGGUAAACAAAGACUGAUGAACUGAAGAAAAUAGCAAGGCUUCAGUUCUGGAAUUAAAAGAAAGUAAAUUUUUUUCUCAAAUCCUAUUCUUUUGAUCUUUACUCAUUGUUAUGCCUCAAUUUAGACUUUAGUGCAGAAUAAAAGUUAAAUGUACAUAAAUCUUAAUGAAGAUGGAUGCGUGACUAUCAUUCCCCUCAAUUUGUACAGUUUAUCAUGUGUGAUAACUGUUGCUAAUAAAGUAGGUUUUCUUCAGUGAAGAGGAUCUCCUUAUAUU